AUGGAGGAACCUGUUAGGGAUGCUCCGAAUAGCGAUUUAAUCGCGGAUAAGCGGGUACGUUUUCCGGCUCUUAGAAUUAGAGUGCCACCUUUGCUUUUUGUAGAGGCGUUGGAAGAUCUUACGGCACAACAGAGGAAGGAUAUUUGUGAUAUUGGGUUUGGUGACGUUCUUGAGUUAAAGAUUAAAGAGUUACCUGUUCUGUUGGGUCGUUGGUUGCUGUCAAAUUUUUACAAUGAGAAGAUGUGCGUACUGUUGGGUGAGGAAGAGGUCUUACCCGUUAGUGAGAAGGAUUUUGAGAAGCAACGACAUGAUGUGUCCCCUGCUAAGGUUGCACAACUUAUUAGGGAGGAUCUUGAUGGGGGUUUGUGGUUCAAGAGGUCUUGGAGAUCCGGGGGGGGGGGGGUUGGGAAUUUUUUGUUGUUGUUUCAGCUUUUCUUUCCCAUCCUUCAACAAAAUCAUUUCUACCUCUUGUGUGUCGACUUCAAAUCCGAGCGGCUUGAAAUUACUGAUAAUUCUGCUUCAACUCAGCCCACUCCGGUGAAGUAUGGUGAUACCCCAGAAAAUGUGAAACUGUUGUUGUCCGAAUAUUUCACAUUUGUUGGUGAGAAGUUCAAGUCAAUUGUUUGUGAGAAUUUGAAGACCAAAAGGAUGCCGAUGAACUGGCGGGACACCAAGAACAAGGUGGACUAUGGCGUGUAUCUUAUGCGGCACAUGAAGAGUUAUGUGGGUGAAGGUGUUGCAAAAUGGGAUUGUGGGCUGACUAGUGGUGACAGAUCGCAACUUCAGAGGCUACGUUUGCGUUAUAUAUAUGAAGGAGCAUUCCACAGUUGAUAUAAACGCACACUGUACUAGCAAUGUGGCUCGUGCGUUACGCUUUCUUUCCGGGUGUUAGUUUCCUUGUUGUUAACUAGUCGUUUACUUUUGGGGGUCGUUGUUGGAUUUUCAUUACUAAUGUUUGCUCACACUUUUGUUCUGUUUUCAACUAUUUCAUUUCUAGUGUAACAUAUUUAUUCGUUCACCAACAGUGUUAUAGUUUUAUUA